UUCACCGUCCAGUGCUCCACAGGCUGUCAGCACCCAAAUCUAGGUCCAGUUUUUAUCCACCUGUCGUACGGAACCAUCCUGAUCUCUGCACAAUCCACCAUUGGCGCCAAACCAAGUAUUUCUCGCAUCAUUAAACCUACCUUACUAACUUCAUCCCCAUUAACUGUGUUACUUGUACACGCUCUUUGAAACCACACAGAAUAGAGAUGGGCAAAGAGAGACAAUACUGGCUUUUGAAGACUGAACCAAGUGAGUGGUCAUGGGACGACCAAGCAGCAAAUGGAGGCCUAAGCCAAUGGGACGGGGUCAAGAACAGCCAAGCACAAAAACACAUGAAGUCCAUGAAACUGAACGACCUCUGCUUCUUCUACCACUCUGGCGCCCGAGCACGCUGCGUGGUGGGCGUGGUGACUGUAAUUCAGGAGUGGUACAAGAUUGAUGGCCAGGGCGAAGGAGUCGUGGAUGUGAAGGAAGUGGGAACGAUGAGGCGAAUGGUCGACUUGAAAGAGAUGAAGAAGGAUGAUGGGCUGAAGGACUGGGGGCUCUUUAGGCAGCCUAGGUUAUCGGUUGUGCCGGUUUCGGAGAGUGUGUGGGAAAGGGUUUGCAAUUUGGGAGGUGGGUUUCAUGGGGAUGGUCGAGAGGAGGAGGAGGAGGAGGAAGAAUGAGUUGAAUCGUGUGGAUGAAUCACUGUACAUGUAUUGCAAUUUGCAAGCCACUGUGGUUGAAAAUGUGUAGUCUUUUUUGGGCUUUUUGUUUUUCAAGGGUUAUUAGGAUGGUUGUGGCUGUAAAUAAAUAGUUUCUUUAAACUUGGAACUUAUGUUUAA